AUGGCAAAAGUCAUCGCAUUCGACCUGUACGGGACUCUGCUCUCCACCGAGUCCAUAGCCAAGAAACUCGAGGCGCACUUCCCCGCAAAGGCCCAGUCCAUCUCGAGUCUCUGGCGCCGCUACCAGCUCGAGUACACCUGGCGCCUGAACAGCAUGGGAAUAUACUCGCCCUUCUCCGAGGUUACCCGCAACUCCCUGCACCAUGCCCUCGCAGAACACGACGCCUCGCUCAGCGACGACGCCAUCGCCGCCCUAAUGGCCGCUUACGACGAGCUAUCGACCUUCCCCGACGUCGAGCCAACCCUGAACCGGUUAGCGAAGAGUCCGACCGUCAAGGCCGUCGUAUUCUCGAACGGCACGCGCGAGAUGGUGUCGCAUUCGGUGCGCCGUUCCCCUGACCUGUCCCCGCACGCGGCGGUCUUUGCAGAUAUUGUCACCGUUGACGAGGUGAAGCAGUACAAGCCCUCGCCGGAUGUUUAUUACCAUCUGGCGAGAGAGGUGGGCAAGGAAGACGAGUUGCAGGAUAUCUGGCUGGUUAGUGGCAAUCCGUUUGAUGUUGUCGGGGCGAGGAGCGUGGGCAUGAAUGCGAUCUGGGUUGACCGUGCUGGACGAGGAUGGGCUGAUGCAGCAGUUCCGGGUCUGCGCCCGACUGUUGCAGUUACGAAUCUUGAAGACAUUGUUGGUCUGAUCGAGGAGUGA